ACGAUACAAGUUGCUUACAUAUACAUAUAUAUAAGAACAAUGGACUUCGUUUCACUGAGCCUGGACGAGAUCAUCGAGCGGCGACAAAUGAGGAGCGCUCAUGGCGGCCGUCCAAGUGACAAAAAAUUCAAUCCGAAUGCCAACAACAACAAGAUGCGAAAACUGGUAAAUCGGCCAGCAUUCAAGGCCGGAGGGACAGGACUGGCGUCGUCGUCGGAUCAGCCGGCCUCGCGAACCUAUGACGCCCGCAACAAGAUUAUACAGAAGACUCGUGCAAAAAUAACAGACGCACGCGAUGUGCUCAACCAGAAUAUGCGCGAGUCCGGCAUUGAUGCCCGCCAGCUGCUGAUUAACCGAAAGAAACUACUCCGCCCCAUCCCUGUGGAAUACUGCGAGUCUGGGGAGGAUCCUGAAAUUACUGCCAUUGAGGGUGAACGCAUGGCUCGCCUUCAGAUGGGGCGAAAGAAUCUCCGUCGUCCACAGAUGGAGAUCCGCCGACCAAUGCCUCUGGAAUACACCGAUGAGAUCGUGGAUCAUGAAGAUCGAGGCCACUUUGGCCAGCGCAUGGUUACCAUGUCGAAUCGACAAAAACCGUGGGACGCCUUUAAUCAGCAGAAAGCUUUAGCGGCCAUCUCUUCUUCGGUUGGUGACCGGCCCUUCAACUCCAGACUGAAUCCCUCGGCCAAACCGUUCGCACCACGCGGCUAUGUGGACCAUGACAAUAUGCAGGAUCUCGAGGAUGAGGUAAUCCAUUCCGCCGUGCAUCUGAGGACCAACAACAACAUGCAGCCGUCGUCUCGCUAUAACUUUGUCAACUUCAACAUGAACCGAGAUAGAGAUGACGACGUGGAGAUGUCGACGGCGGCUCCACUGCAGAACAACCAUGCCAGCGACCCGUUUUCCAUUUACGAGGCGGCCCGCAACCGUAUCGAGCGCCCCAUGCUGUCGGCACCGCACAUUGUUGCCCGCACGGAGUCGGGUCCGGGCCCGGAGCACUUUGAGCGAAGUCGGCGUCAGGUGGCUGCCACUUCCAAUCUGUCGGACUCUUUGCGGGCACGUCUGUUCGGCAGCGAGCCCGAUCGUCGCGUGUCUCAUGGCAUCUAUGCCAACGAAAACAAGGGGCAGGGGCUGGCCAAUAGCAGCUCCAAUGUGUCUUCAUCGAUGAUUCUCUCCUUGUCCGCACGUCGCUCCCCGCCACUUGGGGUGGCCAACAACAAGAAGGGCUAUCGGCUGCUGGUGAGCAAUCUCCAUUCGAAUGUGACUACUUCGGACAUUCGGGAGCUGUUCAACGACAUCGGGCCCAUGUACGAUGCCCACGUGGUGCGUCCUGGCACAGCUGAGGUCAUUUUCAAGAGUCUAGAGCACGCCGAAAUAGCCGUCGACUCGUACCAUCACCGCGAGUUCGAUGGCCAGCCAAUGCACUGCGUGCUGAUUAAUCCGCACUCGUCCAAUCGCUCGGCACACUCAGCCAGCUCACGUACUGUCACCACAAACUCAUCUGGCGUCGAGGUAGACAUAGAUGCUCUUCACUCUGUCCUAUUCCGCGAUCGCUGAUCGCCUGAUCGACUGAUCGCUUGAUCGACUGAUCACCUGAUCACCUGAUCGGCUGCUGCGGACUGACGAAAUUAGUAAAUUAGUAAAAAGUAAACUAAAGACAUCCUUCACACAUAUUCUAUGCAACCCGCAUGCUAUUCCACAUGCAUCCUACAUCUAAGCGGAUCCAAUUUCAAAUGAUUUUUUUCAUCAAUUCACUCACACAGAGCGCAUGUUAAAAUAAAUAAAAUACUUAACUAGACAAA